UGCGUCUGACUGAAAUGGAAGCUGAAACAAUGAAGAAAAGCCUCAGUGAGAGUUUCAAUUGCCAUACGCACACAUACACACACUGAAGGAGCCUCCAAGUUUUAUCCUCCUCGGCCUAUCCACAGGGAAUUAUGGGUAACCGGAAAGAAAAGAGAGAAGAAGGGAGAGAGGUUGAUUGGAUGCCUAGGUAGCCAAUCAGGAUCGCGUUCGAAAAGAUGGCGGCGCUCGGGGGUCGAGGAGGGAGCUCUGUCUUGGAGGGAAGCAGCAGCAACAGUAGCAGCGCGCGCGUGGACUCGGACCUGCUGCUCCACCCGGAGCUCCUCUCGCAGGAAUUCUUGCUGCUGACGCUGGAGCAGAAGAAUAUCCUGGUUGAAGAUGAGGUGAAAGUCAGUAAAGAUAGCCUUACUGAUCUCUAUGUUCAACAUGUUAUACCACUGCCUCAGCGUGAGUUACCAAAAACUAGAUGGGGAAAACAGAUGGAGAAGAAAAGAGGACAACAGGUGUUGAAACAUGGCAUGAAAAGCAUUGCUACUGUAGAAAAUCUAAGGAAACGACCACUCAUAGUGUUUGAUGGUAGCUCAACAAGUACAAGUAUAAAGGUUAGGAAGACAGAAAAUGGGGCUGUCGAUGGUUUAAAAUUUGCAGCUGGAAGUAUGAGUACGACUUGCAGGAGACUGUCUGUUCCUUCAAAUUCUUCUCCGUCUAUGUCUGCUUCCUCUCAUUCAUCGGACUUUAAAGUGGAAUCUAGGGUUAAUGAAACUAAACAGAACAAUAUUAGAAUAAAUAACAGUAUGACUUUGGGUCAGAAGUCCCCACCAUCAGUGCCUAUAACAGGAACUACUAUUGUAAAAUUAAAGAGAGCUGCUCCAAAAGAAGAAUCAGAUGCAUCAAAUGACCUAAAGCCUACCGAAUCAAAGAAGAAGAUCCAGCCUGUAACAUGGCCAUGAAUGCACAAGGUGCUGGAAAUGUAAAUAACAUUUUAGUCUUCAUUUCAGAACAGACAAGUUGUAUUGAACAGCAUCACAGAUUGCAGUGGAUUCUUCAUAAUGUUAGUAAACCUACAGUAUGAAUUGGGCACUGUAUUUUAACCCAUCACCUGAAGAGAGCAUUUCUGGUAUUGCACUUUCUUGCCCUUUUGAUAAUUGAUUUUAGUGGAACAAAACUGUUCUACCACCUUACCUUUGGAAUCCUCUAGUAUACUGUAGUUCAGCCUUUGCAUGACCUGAUCAAGAAAAUCCAUGUGAGUUUAUCACUAUUCAUGUUCAACUGUUGAUUUGUUCAGUAAAUACAAAUCCCUGUACAAGUGUAUCUAGCUGCAAUGGAAGACUGUGCUUCUCCAUUCUGCUAGAUUUCUCAUGAUUAUCAAAUAGUUUCCCCACAAAAUAGUUUGUUGGCAUGGCUAAAAAAUAUUCAGAUCCUAGGGAGCAGGUACCAAGUAUUUCAAAGAUAGCUGGACUUUUUCAGCCUUGUUGUAAGGCUGUUAUUACCAGUUACAGAAGUAGCAGAGGGGAAAGGCUGAACUGUGUGGUGUCUUUGCUUCAAAUUGAAGUUCCUGUUAUAAUUGAAGAUAAAUAGUUUUUUGUUGUCUUUGGAGAUACAGAGAUGGAUGCACACUAAUAGAUUGUGUAUAGAAAGGAUUUAAGAGAAAAGUAGCGCAUAAACAAAUGUUCUGCUUUUAUACAAGUACUUAAGUAUUUUUGACAAAAUACUUGUACAUUUGUGGAAGACCUUAUUGACUGCUUACUGAAUGCCUGCUAAACUUUAGGAGGAAAACUCACACUUAUUUGGGCAGUUAAAAAAUUGGUGUUAAUUAACUAUACAUCAGGCAAAAGGGAAUGAAAGUUUGCAAAGAAAAAAAAAAGUCUUGCCUUCUUUGUGUAUGUGAACAUGGCAGGUUUGUUUAGAAGCAUAUGGAUUCUCCUUUGGCUCAUGUGAAGCCCAUGCAC